AUGAAACUCUCGCGCGCGGCGACGCCGCGACGCGUCGCGGCGACGCCGCGCGCGGCGGUCGACGCCGAGCGCACGGUGCGCGAAAUGUACGAGCGAAUCAACGCUCGAGACGUCGACGGUGCGCUCGCGUGCGUGGAUGAGAACGUGGUUUACGAGGAUUUCAACUUUCCGGCGCCGUUUCGAGGCAAGGCGGCGGUGAAGAAGCUGUUCGAGGAGAGCUGCGAGGGCAUACCGGACGAUUUGACGUUCGUGAUCGAUGCGUCGACGUGCGGUGGGGACGCGGUGGGGCUGACGUGGCACGUGGAGCUGAUGGGGGAGGCGUUUCCGAACGCGCGCGGGUGCUCGUUUUAUCGCGUAGACGAGACGAACGGAAAGUUGGUCUACGCGCGGGAUUGCGUGGAGUCGCCGUUGAAGCCGGGAGAGGCGAGUUUUGGGAUCAUACGGCUGGUGGCGCCGUUGGUGAAGAAACAAAUCGCGGCGAAGAGGGGUGAGGGCGGCGGUGGAGACGGCGCCGUCGAGACGGCGAAAUCCUCGUCUUCGGACGCGGGCGGAAACGCACUGGUGAGCGCGGCGUUUUGGCUCGCGGGCGCGGCGUACUGGUACGUCUUGUUAUUGUCACCUUCGGAUAAUCCGAUUCCGGGUGACCCGGCGUAUGCGAUUAAGCCCGAGACGCUGCAAGAAGUCAUCGCGGAAUCAACAGACUUCUUUUUCGUGCUUCCCGUGUUGAAUAAGUUCGGGAUUGACGCGUUAGGCACGGCGCCGGCGGUGCACCCCGUGUCUCUCGGUGUGUUCAACUUUGCGGAGGCAUUCAUUUUCAUGCUACUCCCGCUGUACUUUAUGGACAAACGGGGAAGAGAUUUGCCUACGACGAAAAUGUGGUCCAUCGGUAUGUUUCUUACGAACGCCGUGUUGUUACCGUACAUGGCGAUUCGCGCGGCGACGCCGGUUCGUGAUUGGAACCCGGAGUCAAAUGCGAACGUGGAUGGCUGGCGCGAGACGCGAUUGGGGGAAAAGGGCGUGAUGAGUAAACUCUUUGGCGGUUUCGGACUCGCCGUCGGGCUUCUGUCAGUGUAUUGGACUUUGUUUGAAGACCCCUCCGCGGGUGGGCUCAGCGAGCGGGCGGCGUACUUCAAUAACCUGAUGCACACCGAUCGAGUCAGCGUGGCUUUUGUCGUAGAUAUCGCGCUUGUGUGCUGCUGGCAAGCUUACUUUAUGAAAUCUCUCGACAAGGACUCGGGCGCGCUCGCGUACAUUCCGUAUUGGGGAUUAUGCAUUUGGCUGUUGAUGUAG